CGAUACGAUUCUGAUUCCAGAAUCUAUAUCUAUCUAUAUAUAUCUAUAUCUAUAUAUAUAUAUAUAGCAUUAAAGUAAUGACAAAGAUAUUUUUGCAGUUUGUGAAUAGUAAUUUCGAGGGAAAAUGUACAUGAAAAUGCAAUGUCAGUGAAAAAAAAAAAAAAAAAAAAAAAAACCUGUAAUGGUCUGAACAUUUACAUUGUCUUGAGCUCUUUGAUGAGAUUCACCCUUACACUCCCUGCACCGUCAUGUGCAGCAGUGUAGUGUGUUUAGCGCUGUGGGGUCGUGUGUGAGCGAGUGCUGCGUCUCUCCCCGUGUGCCCCUGUGUACGGACUGGCUGUUGGUGCCUCCCCUUUUGACACGCUCCCAGCGUAGCCGGACCAGCGUGACUCUCAGAGCUGUCCAAGGGCGCGCAGUGCACCUUCAGCACAGGAAAUAAAGAUGGAGGCUCUGGGUGUCCAAGUGCAAAGACCCUGCGUUUUUCAUUGCAGCCGCUUUAAUCCAUCUGAGCAGCAGCAUGGCUCCUCUAAGCCCCCGCUGGGUUCGUCGGCCGUGACCUCUCGUAUCCUGCUCCGCCAGCAGCUGAUGCGCGAGCAGCUCCAAGAGCAGGAACGGCGAGAGCAGCAGAGACGGCAGAGCUCAGUGUACGCACAGCCCUCCGUCACCCAGAGCCCCGCCAUCAACGUCAGCGCACCCAGCGGCCUGCCCAGCGCCACCCAGGUGCCUAUGGAAGUGCUGAAGGUUCAAACGCAUCUUGAAAAUCCCACUAAGUAUCACAUCCAGCAGGCUCAGAGGCAGCAGGUGAAGGCAUAUCUAUCCACCACACUGGGAGGAAAGCUCGGAUCGCAGGCGGUGAGCUUGCCGUGCCCCAGCCAGGCCACUGAUCACGGGGGAAUGCCUCCGGGGCCAGGCAACAGCGCCCCCAACAGUCCCAUGGCCUUACUGACCCUCAACUCCAACUGCGAGAAAGAGAUGGAUGAUGUCAUUGACGACAUAAUAAGUUUGGAAUCAAGUUACAAUGAUGAUAUCAUGGGACUCUCCUUGGACCCCGGACUUCAGAUGGCCAACACGAUUCCAGUGUCAGCGAACCUCUUGGACUUGUACAGUAACCCAGGCAUGCCUCCUCCUGGACUCUCUAUUAGUAACUCGUGCCCUGCUAACCUGCCCAACAUUAAAAGGGAAUUCUCUGUUACUCCAUCUCCAGCCAUGAUGCACAUGAUGGACAAGCCCAGCUCCUGUAGCAACUUUGAGAACUAUCAAAGGCCUGAAGGGUUUCCUGUGGAGGCAGAAGUUCGUGCUCUCGCAAAGGAAAGGCAAAAAAAGGACAACCAUAACUUAAUUGAGAGGCGACGAAGAUUCAACAUUAACGAUCGAAUCAAAGAACUGGGGACUCUGAUUCCUAAAUCAAAUGACCCGGACAUGCGUUGGAACAAGGGCACUAUUCUUAAGGCCUCUGUGGAUUACAUCAGGAAACUUCAGAGAGAGCAGCAGCGCGCCAAAGAGCUUGAGAACCGUCAGAAGAAGCUGGAACACGCCAACCGUCACCUGAUGCUCAGGAUACAGGAGUUGGAAAUGCAGGCUCGUGCUCAUGGACUGGCCAUUGCCUCAUCUACACUCUGUCCAUCAGAUCUAGCAGCCCGGGCCAUAAAACAGGAGCCGGUCCUGGGAGACUGCAGCCAGGAUAUGUACCCUCACAUGCACCCCUCUUGCCCCGACAUGGGCCACUCCAGCACCCUAGACCUUAACGAUGGUACAAUCACCUUUAACGACUCCCACAGUACAGGCUCUACCACUUCUACUGAUGCAGGGGCUUAUGGUCUCAUUUCUAAGGCACAUGGUGCUAAACUUGACGACAUCCUGAUGGACGACACAUUGUCGUCUGUAGCAACAAGUGACCCGCUUCUCACCUCCGUCUCACCUGGAGCCUCGAAUGACCGUAAGGACAGUGUGAACAUGGAGGAAAACGAGCAUGUUUGUUAGUGCAACGAAAACCUUCGUUUGGCUUUUUAGGGCUGCUGGUCAUUGUUGCAUUUUUCCAACAACACAACUGACGCUUGGGAUUGCUAAAGAGGAAGCACGGCCUGUUUUGUCAAGUGCAAAGUAAUAUUAUUUUUUUUAUGUUUACACUCAUUUUAUUUUAUUUUAUUUUAACCGUAUCCCAGUUUUGUCUAUCCAAAAUUCAUUGUGGUAUAAUAAUUCAGAUUGUGCAUAAUAUCAAAAUAAUCAAGGUCAGUAUCAUAAAAAGAUUGAUUUAUGUAACUUCGCAUAGGUAUAUUUAGAAUAUAAUUUAAUCAACUUUGGGAUAAUAGAGUUUUGCUGGGAUGACAUCAAAACUCAUAAGACUAAUUUGCCGCUGGUUGAAGCAGUUAUGUUUAUUUUUGAAAACAUAUGUUUCUAAUAAGUAACUAGAUAAGACAGUUUGGGGUGUGAGUGUGUGCAGUUUACGUGCAAGUAUCGUCAAGUUAUGAUUACCACAGACCUUAUUUUACUUAAAUUGAAAAACCCCAUAGGAAAAUCUCAAGGGAAUCAGUGGCGAAUUAGUCUUUCAGGUUCUGAUGUCAUGCAGCACUCUAUAUAAAAGUGCACUUGAAUGGUGAUUUCUUUGGUUGUACAGUAGCAUGUUUGCGCACAGUUUAGAAGAAUAUUUCUCUUUUUUAUAUAUAUGUAUAUUCUUUUAAAGGAAUGAUUUAAGAAUAAUGCUUCCCUUUUAACAUGUGUAUAUAUUAAGUGACUGUUAAUAUCUAAUGGCCAGCUGCCCAGUAAACUAUAACCUCUACGAGACGUACUUAAAAAGAUUAAAUGGAAUAAUUCAAAAUUAAAAAUUCUGUUAUGUACUCACUCUCAUGUUGUUCUAAACUAUGAUUUUCUGUUGAAUAUAGAUAUUUUGAAGAAUCGUUAUGUAGUUAUUUUCCAUAAAAGAAUUCGUAGUGACCGCGUCAAUCAAAAAAAAAAAAAACUACCAUAAAAUCAGUCCAUGCAACUUUUACAAAUUAUAUGAUAUCUGUGUGAGAGAAAAUUAUUUAAAUUUAAGCUGUUAUUUCUUAGAAAACAAACCUGUUUGUAACAACAUGAGUGUGAGUAAAUUUUCAUUUUUGAGUGAAAUAUUCCUUUAACAUAGCUAAAAAAAAAAAAAAAAUUUAAUUAUAAAAUUAAUUCAUAAAUGUUGCAAAAAAAUCUGUUAAAUGUUGUUCUAACAUCACUGAAUGUUUAAGCAACAUUUUGAGCAAAUGCUCUAAAAAUCGCAUCUUCCAGAUGAAAAAGCACACAACCACUAGAUGUCUGGACAAAGUAUAUUUGCUAUCAAGAUGACCCAAAAUAGCUGACCAUAAAUAAUUUCAUUCAAUUAUUAAUCGAUGCCAAUAUUCUCUCAGUAUUAAUUUAUUCAUGUUUUUGAGAAUGUCACUUAGCUCCAUAGAUCUAUGGAAUAGUCUUUACAAAAUAAUAAUUUAUCUGAAGAAAUACUAAGUUCUGACAUGAAACUCUAGAUGGCGCAGUCUGAUGGGUCCUUAACGCAACCUGCUGACAAUUAUGUUGUUAACUACACGAUACAAGCUGAUUGGUUCAUGUUCGCAUCUGCAGCAUAUGAGCUUGCUGCUCAACAUUUAAAUAGCUGGUCAGUGUUUGCUGUAGCAGUUUGCAGCUCACUUUCAAAGUUCCUCCGAAACCCUUCACCUCCCCCAACUCCACCUGUAUAGAUCUGCUACUGGUAAUUUCAUAUAUGCUAUUUGUGCAGCAGCAGCAUGUCUGUGUAUGUAUUGGUAGUAGCAAGUCUCUGUACUUGCUCUGCAGCAGCAGCAAUAUCAGCAGCAGUAGUGUAGCAGAUCUAUUCUGCCAAGACCAAAUACAUUGUCAAACAUUGUCAUACCAUUACCAUGCUUAACUCUUCCGAGAGUUGUCACGAUAGAAAUGCAUGUGUGGAGGGACAGUUUUCACACAGCGUUUGAUAUGUCCAACUGAUUUUCAAAUGUCCUGUGGAAUAUGCCAAGCAAUAAGCAAUAUUCAGAUUUAACCCAGGAAUUUUCAAAACUAUUCUUGUCGUCAUAUGCAGUGCCUAUAUAAUUAUGCAAACGGUUUUCACCUCAUGCAUUUCUGAAGAUACCCAGAGGAUGCAUUUUAACAGUGCAUAGCAUUAAAGAAUCCAUAAGAAUGUGAAGAAAUUUAUUAACACAUAUUUGAUGACUAAAGGAAUAAUCAUCUAUUUCAAACUUCAAAUUCCAAUUUAUUACCCUUUAAAAACUUUUUAAUUUUUAUCUAACAUUUUAAUUAUUAAAUUCUGUUUUAAUAUGCCAUACAUUUUAACUACAAUGUCCCAGUUUUUCUUUGUUUUGUUUUUUUUAAAUAAAAUUAUGGAGAAAGAUCUGGGAUUUUUUAUGUUUUAUAUUGGAAAAAACACUGGAAGAAAGAUUAUACCUUGGAAAUUAAAAAAAAAAAGAAAAAAAGAAAAAAGAAAAAAAAACAUUUUAUAUUUUGUUCUAACACUUGUUUUUUUUUUUUUUUUAAAUCCUUACAUGGUGUAAAUGACUGACUAUGUUUGUAAUAAGCUGUGCUGUUACUGUAUAUUUCUACUGUUUGAAAGUGCUCAACUCAGAUGUACUGAUGUUUGCCUUUAAGUAGCAUCCAAUUUGUGCCACUAUAAUGAUCAUGUAGGUGAAACUAUUAUGUGUUGUUUCAUAGAACUAUGCAAAGAUAACUUUCAGUUGAGUAAUCAACCUGUUUCAUGGAAAGAUGUUGUAAGAGUUUAGUGUAGGUAACAUAGUCAGAUCACUGUAAAGUGCCUUACAUAACAAACCUGCGACUUAAAGCAAUAGUUCACCCAAAAUAAUGAACGUCGUCAUUUACACAUCCUCAUGCCAUUCUAAACCUGUAUGACCUUUUUUCUGCCAUGGAACACAAAAAGAGAUGUUUAGCAGAGAGUUCAGGCUGCUCUUUUCCAAAAACUGAAGAUGAAUGGGGACAAUUAACCCUAAAUGUGUAUUUAAAUAGUAUAGACUGUACAAAAAGAUGGAUGAUGUAUCUCCACUUCAUUCCACUGCAGAAAAAUGAAGCCAAAAUAUCCCAGAAGUGGCUGUUGACAUUGUUUGCCGAUUAUGUUGUUCGGAGCCCCAGUCUGCGCAGUAGUGAUCCUGAGGUGGAGCCACGGUAUCAAGGUCCCGCCCACACUCCCUCUCCCGCACAUUCAAUCGCAAGCACAGCUGUCAAUCAUGACAUUACAUACAUGAUUUUAUAGCAUCAAAUAACUAACUAAAACCCAACUUAUUGGAAAAAUGAACACUUGAACAUACGUCAGCAUGAUGAGAACUACGUAAAAUGACAGAAACUAUCUUUGGAAAAAAAAUUAUUUUAAGUGUAAUUGGAUUUUUUUGUUUGGCUCGCGACCCAUUCGAUUACACGGAGAGGGCGGGGUUUAUGACCUAUGCUGCAGUCAGCCACCAGGGGGUGAUCAAAAUGCUUUCGCUUCACUUUUCAGGAAAUAUACUUGGUUUGGAGCAACAUGACAGUAAGGAAAUGAUUUUCAUCAUUUUCAUUUUUGUGUGAACUAUCCCUUUAAACGAAGCAUUCUCUUCUAUUUAUGUGAUUUUAGACUUAGUCUUAAACUGUGGAACCCAAGGGUCUAUCAGUAGGAUCACCAAAACCCGCAGGGUUCGACUCGAGACUUGAUCUGUUUUGUAUUCUGGCUCAAACCUGAGGUGUCUUGAAGCACUACAGAACUUUCAAGAAUAGUGUAUAAUAUAAACUCCUUUGCCUACUAGACAGAAACUACUGAAAGUUGUUCUCUGAAUGUAAUGUUACACAGUGUUGACUACUAAAACGUUGCCAAAUUCCAAGUGAAGUCUACAUAUGCAGUGAAAUUUUACGUAUCUCAUUGUGGAUUUAUAGCAAAACUGGCUGUUGUGAUUUUUUUUUUCUGAGCAAUAAUUAAGACAAUCAGGUAACAGGUAAAGCACAAGGCUCCUGUAUGAAUGCAUAUGUGUGUGACGUCAAUGAAAGGUGCCUUUAAAACAGGCUUCCAUUGAACUUCAACCAAACGUCCUUUAAUAACAAAUACAGAUCUGUUUUUUAUAAAAGUGUCUUGGCUAUAGCUAAAGACGGUUUUUGUUUUGUUAAUAUACUUUUGUAUGAUAUUUUUAAGCUUAACCAAACAUUAUUUAAGAAAGGAAUUAAAAUAGCUUGAGAUGUUGAUUUUUGGUUGAAUUUUUAAAGCAUUUAUUUCGUAUAAAUUCAAUACUGGAAGCCGGCCCACCUGCUGGGAAAGUCACCUUUCACUCAAACUGUUGUUUUGAAACCGUGAAACUUCCACUGGGAAGCUUUAUGAGGAAAGUAGCUGGUCACUAGUGUGACCAUUUCAUUGUUGGGAUUCAAGCUUGACAAGUGUAUUGGGAAUGAAAAUGUUACAGACAUUAAAAUAAAACUGAGUGGUUUUCACAA